AUGGCGAUGCAAGGCCGAAAUAGUUACCUCUAUAGGCACGACUUAGUUGCGCUUUCACAGAAGAAUCUCACCUUACGUAUAAGUAAGCCUAUCAAUAGGGUACCAGAGAAAUACAUUCCAAAAAAGCUUGCCAUCUCCGUUCGACUACCGGAAACCAAGGGUGUCCUUCAAUGUACAACAUCGCAUGGUGAUGGUCCUCAGGCUGGAGCUGUAUUCCUGUGUUGUUGUACUCCUUCUGCAGUACUUUUGUUCCAGUGGUACGAGCCGUUGAACAAGUUUUUGUUGGUUCGAUCAGCUGAACUUAAUGCAACCACACGUUUUCCUCUCAGUCCCUUCAAAGUACGUUCUUAUGGGCCGCUAGAUCAGGAUGCGCCAUUGUGUUGGGGUGGUGAUGAUAGGAGAAAUUGCAUUUACAACCUCUUUCAACUAGGGUCUCGACUUUAUGAAAGAGGAAAAACACUAACAAACCGGAGCUGCUAA